UUUUUCAUUAAAAACAACCCUAUGUGAUGAAAAUGUAAAUGUACUUUCAAAACUGGUAAAUGCAUGAACCAGGGCAUUGACACUGGUUGGAGAGAAAUUAUAGGCUUUGUUUAAUUAAUACCUAUUUCAUUUUAGGCUUCUACUGACAAUGGAGAGUAGAAACAACAAGAAGUGCGUUAUUUGUAAUAAGAGGCGAAGUCGUGGUGGAUCACCCUUACUUUUGAGUAGGUUUCCUCUGGAUUCUGACCGUUGUCGAAUGUGGGUUAAAAAUGCUGGCAUAGAAGACUUAGCAUAUGUACCUAUUGAAAAGUUACACCAACUGAAGUUUGUUUGUGGUGGGCACUUCACUCCUGAAUCCUUCAAUGCCAAAGGAACUCGGCUGAAGAACUCAGCUAUUCCAACACUGGAAUUGAGCAAUCCCAUCUUGCCAGAUGAAGUUUUGACAGAGUUUCCUCUUCACGUAAAAGACUCCAAUAAAGAAAACCUCAAGACAGUUCUUUAUGAUCAUUCAUAUUGCAUUCCAAAGAAGUCAAAUCCAGUUGAACGAGUUCCCCUUACAACUACAACCAAACAACUAAAUUCAACAUGUUUGGGAGCUGUGGAUAUACCAGAUUCUGGUAUUUCUGCGAAAACAACUUUUGAACCUCUUCCUUCUACUUCCAAUGCACCAGAACAUUUAUGACCUAUAAACCCA